AUGAUGGUCACUUGCCUGCUCCUCUCCAGCAUCUGGAUUGCCGCUUCAGCCUCCGUGCAGGUGAUGAACAGAAAGGUCCAGGCAGUCCAAGCAGGAGGAAAUGUUACUUUUUCCUGCCGGUCAGUCAGAAAAGAAGAUGUGAUACAGGUGACCUGGCAGAAGGAGACAGAUGGGGCUGAAGACAACAUAGCAACUUACAGUACAAUGAAUGGCCAAAGGAUAACCAAGGCCUACAUCAGCCAUGUGAGCUUUGCCCACAGCGAGUUACAAGCCUCGGCCAUCUCCCUCCAUGGAGUCACCCUCCACGAUGAAGGAUGCUACAAAUGCAUCUUCAACACCUUUCCCUCGGGAACUGUCACCGGCAGGAUGUGUCUCCAGGUUUAUGCCAUCUCGGACCCCAAAGUGGAAACUAAACUUAUACCCAGUCCAGACAAAGCUGAGAACUCUGAGAAAAUGGUGGGGAUGAGCUGCUCAGCAACAGGGAAACCAGCUCCAAAAAUAACCUGGCACCUUCCCAGCAUCCUGCAGCAGAAACCAAGGGAGUACCACAUAAAGUUCAGCAACCAGACCGUGACUGUCAUCAGCAAUUUUACCCACACACACUCCAAAGUCCUUCAGGAGUACCCCAUCACCUGCAUGAUCCAACACCCUUCUCUAAAUGUGACCCUGGUCCUGCCCACAGACAGCCUGGAGCAGGGUCAGUAUAUAACUCUGCUCCUGCUCUGGAGCGGGGCAGAAAUUGGGAAGCACUUCCUGGGGUAG